AUGUCAAGCAUGUCGCCCACCGCGGUAAUCGCUGGAGAAUGGGUCCUGCUAUCCUUGGCCAUCAUCUUGGUGGCUGCUCGUCUGUAUGUUCGGCUGUACAUGAACAAAGACAGGAUAUACUGGUCGGACGCAUGGCUUUUGAUCGCUGUCUGCUCUGCUUUGGGGCUGGUCAUCUGCGACACGUUGGCUUACAAGGCCAAUGCCAUGUUCAACUUUGUUGACCCGGGUGUUCGAAUGCUCAAGAUUCGAUUUGCUGUCAAUUACUUCUUCGAUACCGGCAUGUACUUUCCCAAGUUCAGCAUCAUCGCCUUCUACUACGCGCUGGUCCCACCCACCCAGCCCACGAUGCGAAUUGCCUUAUACACUCUUACCGGCAUCACGGUCGCGAGUUGUCUCGUUACAUUCUUCGAUGCGACACUUUGGUGCGGAGCUGAUAUUGCUUCGAACUGGUCACCCGAGCGUGGUGUUUGCAGCGCAUAUAAUUCAUUGAUAAUGAUGCGAAUCCACUGGUCUCUCAAUUUUACCACUGAGGUCCUGAACGUCGCUUUUCCUUUCCCACUAAUCCGAGACUUGAAGCUCCCAAGACGUAGGGAGAAGAUUGGUCUUGCAGUGAUUUUAGGCCUGGGUGUGAUUACUAUCGCCAUAAGCAUUGGGCGAUUCACUAAUAUGGUUACCUCGGGAAAUGGUGCCUUUUCCAACUAUCUCUGGGCUACAUCCGAACUCUGCGUAUCGAUCAUACUUGUGGCGCUCACAGCUUUACGACCAUUGCUCCGAAAACUGGCCCAUAUUAUCAACUCCAGCAUCAACAGCAGCGAUUACAAGUCCGGCUACCGAGGCACCUCGACCGACGCUCGAUCCAGAACGAACCGAUCGAAAGCAACGCACACCCAAGGAUCCGGCGCAUACUGGCGAACUGGUACGCAGACCAAGGGGGGUGUCUUCAAAGAUGAUGCUGGCAGUGAAGUUCAGCUAAAUGAUUUGAAGUCAGGAAGGGUUAUGAAGACGGAAGAGAUUCGGAUCUCGGUUGAGACGCUCUCCAAUGGAGACUCUGUGGAAUAUCCAGCCGGCCCCAGGAAGCCGAUGGGGAUAGAAACAUCAGUCAUGGCAUGA